CUGCCGUUGUGAGAAACAGUUGGCAUCUGGCAAGGCGAGAAAGGCGUUAGCUCCGGCUUCUACCAUUUCAUAUGUGCAUCGACCAAAUCCAACUAAACAUAAGAUACAAUUUAAAACAACUUACCAAGACUUAAAGUUGCCAUUUUAAAUGUGUUUCCAUCGCAAGCUUUAUCAAUAAAUAAAAUUGACAAUUAUGUGACGCGUAACGUAUAUUUCAAACAGUUGUCAUAAUAUGUUUUUGUAACAGCCGAUGAAACUAUAAAAUAAAAAAAAUCAUUAAAUCACCAAGUGUUUGUAAUUUGACAUUCAUUUCAAGCCGAAACAUCGUACUGCAUUGCAUAUUCCCGGAACUGACAAACUUAUCCGAAGUGAAGAACACGCCAUAGGAACAUCGUUCUCUUUAAAAUGGUUAUGGUAAGUUCAGCAGUAUUGGGUGCCGCGGCUGGCACUGGGCUGGCGCUUCUGCUGGCCGUAACAAUCGUUAUGUAUCGUUAUUAUCUACUGCGUCGGCGAGGCAAGGAGUGGGAUGAGCUGGAUCGCUGGGAAGAAACACGCAUCAUGCGUAAAUUACAGAUGAAGGAAGUCAAUAUUUCGAAGGAGUCUCACACAAUUCAACCGGCCUCGCAGCUUCAUGGCAUUCCCUGUGUACCAAACCAUCCGAUUCCAGCUGACAUUUUACGUGGUCCUGCCGAGGUCUUUCACAGCCCGUUGCACUUGCACCAUCAGAGCCGUUCCUUUCCACCGCGUCUUCAGCGCACACCUUCAAUUUCCAGUCAGAGCAGUAUGGACAGCGCUCCAUCCAGGCAGUCGGGACAUCGAGGCUCUUCACCCCAAAUAAGGACAUUUGGACCCGACGGACGUAGUUCACUUCCGAGUGAGGGAGCGUUUCCCCACCAUUUGGCCCGUUCGCCCAGUCCCAUGCGGACGAUUUCUCUGGACGCUCGUUGCGGUAGCCCGGCUUCAGCUGAUGUAAGUGUUUUGCGGACGCCCAGCCCCUCCCAGAGUAGCCUGGCCUCUUUAUCGGGUGGGGUCGGUGUUGGAUCUGCGCCGAAUAUGGCUAUGACUGGUGCUGUUGGAUCUGUUGUUGGCAAGGGCAUGGGCGUGAGCGUGACCAGCGGCCGUUGUCUGUCCCCAUUGCUGAUACCUCCACGUCCUCAGCCCGGCGUCGACCCAACUGUGGGCCCUGCUUCGCCACUUGGUGCUCUGCAACCGGAUCUAUAUCGAAUGCCCGAUGGACCGAUCUAUCUGACGGCCCCCGAAACUAGCCAUGCCGUGGGUCGCUUGCACUUGCGGAUUAAAUAUGACUACCACCUAUUCGACUUAACGGUUCACUUAAUUGAAGCACACAAUUUAAGUCCCAUUGAGGAGGGCGGCUUUCGGGACCCCUACGUGCGUCUGAUGCUUCAGCCAGAUGUGGAUAAUCGAAAACGGCAAACACAUAUACACCGCGGCGAAUCGAAUCCGUACUUUGAUCAGCAUUUCAAGUUUCCGGUUUCACGUGAUCAAUUGCAGGGCAAGGAGCUGGUCCUUCAGGUUCUCGAUUAUGAUAGAUACUCGCACAAUGACAUUAUUGGUGAAGUGCGUAUUUUGGUUGGCGGCCUAGAUCUAUCAAAGUCCGUUGAGAUUUGGGGCGACUUGCUGCGUACCAAGAAGCCCAAAGAGGAUCGACCGGAACUGCUGUGCUCCUUAAACUUCCUUCCACAGGCUGAACGUUUGACCAUUGUAAUAAUGAAAGCCAGAAAUUUGGAUACGGUUCAAGAGCCGUACGUCAAGAUAUAUAUGAUACAAAACGGCAAGCGCAUAAAGAAGAAAAAGACAAGCAUUACAAAAUCUGAUGACCUAAGCAAUCCUAUAUGGAACGAGGCAUUUACAUUCAAUCUACAAUCGAAUUAUUUACAUAAUGCCGCCAUUGAGAUCUAUGUGGUCGGUGCGGGUAGCGAAGCAACAGAAAUCGGCUGCUUCGGACUAGGGCCACAGGAAAGUGGAACUGGCUGUCAGCAUUGGCACGAUAUGAUUAACAAUGCACGCAAGCCCACAGCCAUGUGGCAUUACAUUCGUUAAAGAUGUCAUAGAGAUGAGCUUCAGUGUCGAAAACAAAAACAAAAACAAACUAAAAUAUUCCUCAUGCUGUUUUCAAAGUACAAAACUUCCCUGAAACCUUGAUCCGAAAGCCAAGCUGUUGCGUUAGGCACAGCAACUUCUGAAUUGUGGCAUUAUUUGCUAUGAAAUACAAUAUUUUAGGCUUUUUUCUAUGGUGUUCAAAACUUAAACCUAUAUUCCCUUAACUACUCUUAUAUACUAUAUUCUACGUUUACUGAACAAGAAGUACACAAGCUCAACCAAUAAGUUCCUAUGUUGCACGAACGAAACGAGCAACCUUCAUUCAAUCUACGUUCCGGACGCAAUUUAAAGAAAAGGAUACGAAAAAGGACCCGAUCUGAGUGAUGGGGGAAUGUCGACGGAGUUGUUGACAUUUUAGUUCGCUUUGACGAAGAGUAUUCAAGUGUGCAUUUCUUUAAUAAUUAUGAAUAUGAAAACAUUUCAACGGCAUUUCGUUAGGUCUCAAACGGUCGUCAAUCACCGCCCCUUGCAAUUUGCUUAGACCACAGCAGCAAGACUGACGGACUCUUUUGUAUCAGCGACAGUUGACAAAUUGCUCCUGUUGUCCUUUUCGAAACGUCAGUAUGAGUUGCAUACCAUUGUGUGUGUACGUCAUUGAGUGAGUGCCAAUAGUUGACGGCUUAGAGUGCAAGUAGGCAAUCUAUGUACUAUAACUAAACAUACAACACAAACACACAAAGGAAAGUUUCUCAAACCCAAACCGCAGCAACUUCGUUUUAUUAGCUCGUCCGCAACCUGACAGCCAAAUGUAUAUGAAACAGAAGUGCGAUCGCGUGAGCCAUUACUCUCCCUAGGCUCUCGAAAGUUUGUACAGAUGUAUUAUAGGAAGAUAUGCCCGGACAGCAAUCAAGCUUACUGGGAGAGCAACAAGCUCAGCAAAAGUAGAACACCAUUUGCCAAGCUCGUUACAAAUGUUUAUCUUUUCAUUGUCGUUUAGACUCGAUUGUGUGCGUAUUAGCAUUUAUAUACAUAUAUGAAUUUACUUUCUGCUGGAUGUUCAGUCUGCUGGAUUAAUCCAUCUAUGUAUGUAUGUGGCAUGUGGUUAGCAUUACUUUGCAAUAAAUUAACGCCAAUCACUUAAUGCAAAUUGUUUAUUUAACGAAUGUUCCUUUCAUUGCAAAUAGCAACCAUUCGGCAAUUAUUACGAAUAUACCAUAUACAACGAUAACAACGUAAAUCCUAUAUAUGUCGAUGUUAACUACAUACAUAUAUACACACAU